CUGAGGACUGCCAGCUGCUCACUCAGAUCCCCAAAGUGCGCUGCCUGAGGAACGGCAGGAGAGAGGGUCUGAUCCGAUCACGCGUGCGAGGAGCCAACACGGCCUCUGCUUCGAUCUUGACCUUUCUGGACAGCCACUGUGAGGUCAACACUGACUGGCUGCAGCCUAUGAUACAGAGAGUCAAGGAGGAUCAUACAAGAGUGGUCAGCCCCAUCAUCGACGUCAUCAGCCUGGAUAACUUUGCCUACUUGGCUGCCUCUGCUGACCUGAGAGGAGGAUUUGACUGGAGUCUCCACUUCAAGUGGGAGCAGAUUCCCAUUGAGCAAAAGAUGGCAAGAAGUGACCCCACUCAGGCAAUAAGGACUCCCGUCAUCGCUGGUGGGAUCUUCGUCAUGGACAGGAGUUGGUUCAACCACCUCGGCCAGUAUGACACCCACAUGGACAUCUGGGGAGGGGAGAACUUUGAGCUUUCUUUCCGGGUGUGGCUGUGCGGAGGAAGUCUGGAGAUUCUUCCCUGCAGCCGCGUGGGUCACGUGUUCAGGAAACGGCACCCGUACGAUUUCCCAGAGGGCAACGCUCUUACCUACAUUAAGAACACCCGUCGGGCUGCUGAAGUGUGGAUGGAUGAGUAUAAACAGUACUACUACUCUGCGAGGCCGUCGGCUCAGGGAAAAGCCUUCGGCAGUAUCACAGACCGUCUGGCGCUGCGACGGAAGCUGAACUGCAAACCUUUCCGCUGGUACAUGGAGAACGUCUAUCCCGAGCUGAGGGUCCCUGAGCAGGAAGCAGUGUCCAGUGUGUUGAAACAGGGCGGUUUGUGUCUGGAGACCCGUGGGACCGACGGCCUCGGGCUGGCAGAGUGUAGGGGCCUCGGAGCCAACAGGCCACAGUCGCAGAGAUGGGAGUUAAUAGAGCCGCUGAUCCGGCAGCAGGACCUUUGCCUGGCAAUUUCUGCUUUCACAGCGGGGUCGAAGGUCAAGAUGGAGCCCUGCAAUACAAAAGAGCCGAGACAGAAGUGGAAGCCAAAGGGCACAGCUCUGCAGCACAUGGUCAGUGGCCUCUGCCUGGACAGUCAAACCCCGAUGGGACCUCCAGUCAUUUUACAGUGUCGCCCCCAGAUGGCCAGCCAGUCCUGGGAGCCACAAGUCAUUACCUGAGCCACAGCAAAUGAGAAGAGGGAGAGGGAGGAGCAGAUUCUGGACCCAGCCUGCAGAAGGAAUUGGGGUAUCACGUCUGCACACUGUUUGUCGCCUUGCUGAAGGAUAAAAGUAGUGGGAACUCUACUGUCUUGAAGUCAACUUCUAGCUCCUGCUCAUUGUGUCUUGGGGACAAGAGCGCGCUGAAAACAUUUUAAGACCCUGUUGAACAAAACAUCUAAGGUCUUCUGUGUACAGUGCUUCAUCCUUCCAGGAUGCUUUAGUUCUUCUGAGUAAUCUACGCUUUUCACAAAAAACUGUCACACAUCCCACUUUUCAUUUCUGUAUCUAUUCUGGUCUAUGUGUUGCUUCAAUCUGGAAUAGUGAAGAUUACCCGAAACGAAAGAGUGCAUAAUGUACUGUUGCUAAUAUGCUGACUUGCACUUGACCCACUCUGAGUCUUGAGGUUUUUGGGCUGUUGAAGCAUGUCUGAUGACUGUGUGGACCAGGGCAGUUUUAUGUGCAGUCAACUAAAAUCUGAAAACAAUUUUUUUUUUAAUUGUUAUUGCUGAAUGGCAGUCUUGAAACCACCAUGCGAAGCACUGUCAGAAAGAUUAUUUAUUGUUUUGCAUGGUCAGACCCAAAGAAUGGUUUUAUUUUUUCUCCGUCUCUACAAAGUUUUAUGUAAAUAUUUAAAGCAGGUAAUGGCUUGUUUUGUGUAAAGUUCUCUAUAUGUUGUUUGAAAAAAUAAAACGUGGUAAUGGAGA